GUAGCUGUGCAUCCGCUUCCGGGCCCAGACGCCAUUUCCAGCGGUUGUGGCUUCUCGAGGGGGAGUAGUUUUCCUGGACAAUGAGCUAUGAUUACCAUCAGAACUGGGGCCGCGAUGGCGGUUCGCGCAGCACCAGCGGUGGGAGUGGUGGGGGCCACGGAGGCAGUCGAGGCACUGGAGGCGGCGGAGGAGGAGGAGGUGGUCGAGGCGGAAGGGGUCGGCAUCCUGGGCACUUGAAAGGCCGCGAAAUUGGCUUGUGGUACGCGAAAAAACAGACCCAGAAGAACAAGGAGGCGGAGAGGAAGGAGAGAGCAGUAGUACACAUGGAUGAACGACGAGAAGAGCAAAUUGUGCAGCUGCUAAAUUCUGUCCAAACUAAAAAUGAUAAAGAUCCAGAAGCGCAGAUAUCCUGGUUUGCCCCAGAGGAUCAUGGAUAUGGGACUGAAGUUUCUGCUGAUAAUAAGUCAACCUCAGAGAAGAAACUUGACAAUCAGGAAAAUAAAUUGAUAAACCAAGAAAAAAAGACAUUAAGAUUCAGAGACAGAUCAUAUAUUGAUCGGGAUUCUGAAUACCUUUUGCAAGAAAAUGAACCAGAUCUAACCUUAGACCAACAAUUACUAGAAGAUUUACAGAAGAAAAAAACUGAUCGUCGGUAUAUUGAAAUGCAGCGUUUCAGGGAAAAGCUUCCUUCAUAUGGAAUGCAAAAGGAGUUGGUAGAUUUAAUUGAUAAACACCAGGUAACAGUAGUAAGUGGUGAAACUGGUUGUGGAAAAACUACUCAAGUUACUCAGUUCAUUUUGGAUAACUACAUUGAAAGAGGAAAAGGAUCUGCCUGCAGAAUAGUUUGUACUCAGCCAAGAAGAAUCAGUGCUAUUUCAGUUGCAGAGAGAGUCGCUGCAGAAAGAGCAGAGUCUUGUGGCAAUGGUAAUAGUACCGGAUACCAAAUUCGUCUCCAGAGUCGAUUGCCAAGGAAACAGGGUUCUAUCUUAUACUGUACAACAGGAAUCAUCCUUCAGUGGCUCCAGUCAGACCCGCAUUUGUCCAGUGUUAGUCAUAUCGUACUAGAUGAAAUCCAUGAAAGAAAUCUACAGUCAGAUGUAUUGAUGACUGUUAUUAAAGAUCUUCUCAAUUCUCGUUCUGACUUGAAAGUGAUAUUGAUGAGUGCCACAUUGAAUGCUGAGAAAUUUUCAGAAUACUUUGGCAACUGCCCAAUGAUACAUAUACCUGGAUUUACUUUUCCAGUUGUAGAAUAUCUUUUGGAAGAUAUAAUUGAAAAAAUAAGAUAUAUUCCAGAGCAAAAGGAACACAGAUCCCAGUUUAAGAGAGGUUUCAUGCAAGGGCAUGUAAAUAGGCCAGAAAAAGAAGAAAAAGAAGCAAUUUAUAAAGAACGCUGGCCAGAUUAUGUGAGGGAGCUGCGAAGAAGGUACUCUGCAAAUACUGUAGAUGUUUUAGAAAUGAUGGAUGAUGAUAAAGUUGAUCUGAAUUUGAUUGCAGCCCUAAUCCGGUACAUUGUUUUGGAAGAAGAGGAGGGUGCAAUCCUGGUCUUUCUGCCAGGCUGGGACAAUAUCAGUACUUUACAUGAUCUUUUGAUGUCUCAAGUGAUGUUUAAAUCAGAUAAAUUUAUCAUUAUACCGUUACAUUCACUGAUGCCUACAGUAAAUCAGACACAGGUAUUUAAAAGAACUCCUCCUGGUGUUCGGAAAAUAGUAAUUGCCACCAACAUUGCAGAAACUAGCAUUACCAUAGAUGAUGUAGUUUUUGUGAUAGAUGGAGGAAAAAUUAAAGAGACACAUUUUGACACUCAGAACAACAUCAGUACAAUGUCUGCUGAGUGGGUUAGUAAAGCCAAUGCCAAACAGAGGAAAGGUCGAGCUGGAAGAGUUCAACCUGGUCAUUGCUAUCAUCUAUAUAAUGGUCUUAGAGCAAGUCUUCUAGAUGAUUAUCAACUACCAGAAAUUUUGAGAACUCCUUUGGAAGAACUUUGUUUGCAAAUAAAGAUUUUAAGGCUCGGUAGAAUUGCUUAUUUUCUAAGUAGGUUAAUGGAUCCACCAUCAAAUGAUGCUGUGUUGCUCUCCAUAAGACAUCUAAUGGAACUGAAUGCUUUGGAUAAACAAGAAGAAUUGACACCUCUUGGGGUUCACUUAGCACGAUUACCAGUUGAGCCACAUAUUGGGAAAAUGAUUCUUUUUGGAGCUCUUUUCUGUUGCUUAGACCCAGUACUCACUAUCGCUGCUAGUCUCAGCUUCAAAGAUCCUUUUGUCAUUCCACUGGGAAAAGAAAAGAUUGCAGAUGCAAGAAGAAAGGAAUUAGCAAAGGAGACUAGGAGUGAUCACCUGACAGUUGUGAACGCAUUUGAGGGAUGGGAAGAAGCUAAGCGACGUGGUUUCAGAUAUGAGAAAGACUAUUGCUGGGAAUACUUCCUGUCUUCAAACACACUGCAGAUGCUGCAUAACAUGAAAGGACAGUUUGCUGAGCAUCUUCUUGCAGCUGGAUUUGUAAGCAGUAGAAAUCCUAAAGAUCCAAAGGCAAAUAUAAAUUCAGAUAAUGAGAAGAUAAUUAAAGCUGUCAUCUGUGCUGGUUUAUAUCCCAAAGUUGCUAAAAUCCGACUAAAUUUGGGUAAAAAAAGAAAAAUGGUGAAAGUUCACACAAAAACGGAUGGCCUGGUUUCUAUUCAUCCUAAAUCUGUUAAUGUGGAGCAAACAGACUUUCAUUACAACUGGCUUAUCUAUCACUUGAAGAUGAGAACAAGUAGUAUAUACUUGUACGACUGCACAGAAGUUUCUCCUUAUUGUCUCUUGUUCUUUGGAGGUGAUAUUUCCAUCCAGAAGGAUAAUGAACAGGAGACUAUUGCUGUAGAUGAAUGGAUUAUAUUUCAGUCUCCAGCAAAAAUUGCCCGUCUUGUUAAGGACUUAAGAAAGGAACUAGAUACCCUUCUUCAAGAGAAGAUUGAAAGUCCUCAUCCUGUGGACUGGAAAGACACUAAAUCUAGAGACUGUGCAGUACUGUCAGCUAUAAUAGACUUGAUCAAAACACAGGAAAAGGCAACUCCCAGGAACUUGCCACCGCAAGCCCAGGAUGGAUAUUACAGCUGACAGAUCUUCUGUGGUGGUCUGAGAAUCCAGGUUGUUAAUCGUUUUUCCCCAUAGUCUGUUUUGGCUAAAUAUCAAACCUUGAGACAUAAUUAAUUUUCAAACGUAAGGUAGAAACCUUUAAUAGGAAGUAAAGACUUAAUGUGCAUGACUUAGCAUUGUCAUCUGUAGCUGUUACAAAUGUACUAUAAAAAGCAGUAGGUUCUCUGAGUGUACCAUUGAAAAAUUCCUUUGUUCCAUUACACAAAAUCAAUUUUCUGCCCAUGAUCAUUUAAGUAUAGAACCAGUAAAAAUAAAAUGGUUAGCCAAAAAUAGUGUCAGGUUAAGUACAAGGCAACCAUGUUUUUUAAAUUAGAAACUUUACGAGAAGUAUAUUGUAAUAAAGCCCAAUAUUUAAUAAAAUAUACAGUGUAUAAAUCUCUUGCUAAUUUCAUGCCUUGGUUUCUACAUCUUCACCUGUCUCCUUUGCUUGAUAUUUUUGCUGUUUAAAUUGUGCAGCACAAAGUAGCAGCUGUGAGAGCAUGAAUGAGUCUGGAGUCCGAUUACCUAAGGCUUGGGCUCCACUCAGUCACUUACUAAAUGUCUUGGGCAGGUACUUGGCUUCUCUCUUCUCCUUGUCUAAAAUACAGGUAAAAAUUUUGAUUUAAAUAUGUUAAUACAUGUAAAGUACAUAGACUAGUACCUGAUACUGAAUUUCACUGAAAUUUAGUCAUUAUUCCUGAAAUUUUUUUAAACAUAUAGUAAUCCGUUGUUUAUUUUUUUUUCAAUUGUUUACCUUCUUAGCCAGUGGAAUCUAGUGUACUGUGUUUUCAACCCUAUCAAAUUGCGACAGAUACUGUUGGUUGCUGUCCAACGGCCAUGUUAUCUCUUCCUUCCUGCUUUUUUAUUUCAAGUAUCUCCACCUCUGCAACUUUGUGUCCAAGGAUGUUGGACCUUUGCCCAUGGGUAAUCAGGCUGUUAGGAGCCAAUUAUGUGGUCCUUGUCCCCUUGAAAAAUAGUGAGAUGUUAGUACAUGAGUGAAUCUGUCUUGCUAGUGGCAGUUAAGCAAUUUACACGGGGAUGUCUGAAAAGGAUUAUUGUUAGUAGUAGACUUAGAGUAGGAAACUGCUCUCUUUGGACAUUGUCUUGUCUUAAUCUGAUAUUUGGAAUUUCUGUAACCAGUUACGAUCACAAGAGAACAGAGAACCAUAUCCUGAGGAUGGCUUAGUGAAAAGGUAGAACUGUCCAGAGCCCUUGGUAAUGCUAGAGGACUACAGAAUUCCCCGACUACAAUUGCCAUACAUACGGACUUAUUUUAAUCUUUCCUUCAUUGUUUAAGCCACUUUCAAAGAGUAUUUUAAUGUAGCAGAGAUGAUAUUAACUAAAGCAUACUAUCCAUCAUGUAUUUGCUCAAGCCACUACCAUUUAUUAGGUUAUGUAAUAGUUUGGAUCUUUAAUGUCAAAAGACAUGAAAGUAGUAUUACUCGACAUAUUGUAAAAGGAAACAAGAAUUGCAUCCUGCUAUACACUUAAGAAAUGUAAAUUUUAUUUUGCCUUCCAAUAAAUGCAAGAAAAUAAAACAAAUUAGAGCCUCAGUAUAGUGAUUGGGAUGUAUUGAUACUGCCACAAUGAUCUGUUCACAGCAGUGGUUCCAGUACUGCUUCCACUUCCAGAAACGUGUGUGACAUGUUCUUGCCUUCCAAGGGUUUAAAGGUACUGUUUUCCUGUGUCUGUUGUCUGCUGGUCUUCCAAAAAUGCUCUUCACUGAAUUGUUUCAUUGUAGCACGUCACAGUGUUGCAGAAUACUAGUUUUGCUCCUAAAGUCAAGGUGACCAUCAGAUCCUAUUUGCUCUAUAACAGUAUUUAGGUUUGUGCUUUUUUUUACCCAGCUUAAAUUCAUAGUCAUUUGGCCCAAGUGGAAGAUUCUUUCUUGGAAGAAUUUAAAGACUGUUUAGAAAAGAAAAAAUAGGUGUCUUGAUUCUGUGUUUGCAGUGAGAACACAUGAAGAAUAAAGGAGGUUUCUAUCUGCUCUACUGAUGAUCAGAAUGAGAAUUUUAAUUGAGACUGCUGUUUGUUUCUUUUGUUUAUAAAACAAAUUGCUAAAUGGAAAAUAUAUUCCCACGUCUAAAUAUUAUUUGUGUUUUAGUUUUUUUUUCUUUUGGGUACUGGAAAUUGAAUUCACCACCUUGAGCUUGAUAGGCAGGUGCUGUACUGCUGAGUUGUAUUCUCAGCUUAUUUGUUGUUUAGUGUUUUAAAGUAAGACAAAAUUAAGAAAACUGUCUUACCAUUCUGAUCAUUAUGGAAAAUAACUUGAAAAAAUAACUGUGACACAUUCAUGGGGUAAAAGUGAAUAAUGUUUGAAAGCUUAAAAGAUGAGUGCAUAUGAUGCCUUCCUAACUCAUUCGGGUAAAAGUUCAAAGUAAGUUGAUUCCAGCUAAUUGCAAGUUACUCUCUUAUUUUUGCUGCUUUAAAAACGAAGUCCACUCUGAAAGUUACUAAUCGUAGGGAACCUUUUAAAGGAAUUUAUUUUACUGCCUUCUAACCCAGAAUAAAUGGUGUUAAAUGUCUUUCCAUCUUCAGCUCUGGGUUUAUAUUUAUUUUUAUGUAACUGUGAUCAUGUUAUAUAAUCAUGUAUUUGUAAUAGUGUGAAUUGUUUUUAAAUGACUUUAAAACAAUCCAGUUUUAAAACAGGACAUCCUCAUUGAAUAGUAUUUUGGAAAUUUGACAAAGUAAAUCAUGUUAACCAUUGUUACAUUUUUAUAUAUGUCUGUGUUUUUUUAAGGUUUAAGGUAUGAAUUAUUUUGUAUAUAUAAUCAAGCUAACCAGUUCAAAUGUAUAAUUCAGUGACUUUUGUCAACUGUGUAAAAUUCUAUGGUUAAUACCACCGCAUACUUUCUAAUUUUUGUUCAGUAUGUGUUUUCCCACUCAUAAACCCAAAACUUCUGUUUCCCUUUGCAGGCAAUUCUGCUUCCCCACUUCUGCCCCUUGACAACUGUUGAUCUGCUUUUUUUGUCACUAGUUUUCACUUUCCUAGAGUUUUCAGUACAUGGAAUCAUACGCAGUUUAUUAUGUUUAGCAUCUUUCAUUGAAGAUCAAUUUUUUUGAGAUAACUCAUGUGAUUGUAUAUUUUUCAGUAAUUCCUGCUAUUUAGUAUUUCAUUACGUUUUUACAUUUAUUCAUUCACCAAUUGAUGGAUAUUUGACUUAUUUACAGUUCUUUUGCUGUUAUAAAUAAAGCUGCUAUGAACACAUA